AUGGAAAAUGAUGCAACCUCAAAAAGAGGCCGACUCAUGGGCAAGCUCUUUGGCAGCAAAGACCGCAAGUCCUCUGAUGCCACCAACGCCACCAGUGUCGACGCCUUUCUUCACAGCAGCUCCGACAGCUUGCAGGUGACGCAUCCCCCCCCGCCACCCCCGCCAACCACUCUACCAAAGCUCGACACCACGAUAUCACGAUACCCUCAGGCCCUUGCUGUCAACCAGCAAGCUCAGCUGAACCGUCCCAUCGCCGCCGGCGGCCGCCUCGAUCUCUCUACCGUCAACGCGCCUCGAAACCCGCGCCCAAACAAAAAGGGCCUUGUGAUACACUUUUCCAACGCGCGGCCAGAGGUCAUAGGGGAAGGCGGAGAUGAAUGCGAGAAUCCAACAAUCGCAAUAUCCCGAGCCAAACUCGCACGCUCCCCUCAGCCCCCCCCUCCUCCCGCUCCUGCUGCUACGCCUCCUAAACGGGUGCCUGUUCCGCCCACGGGGGAUAUUUUCAGACCGAAGCGCCUUGCUAGAACUCAGACCGGCUACUCCUCUAUUUACUCUCCAGAAGAGCCUCCCCAGAACAAUGAGGAUCUCGAUAACCCUGCCAAGUGGCGAAAAUCACCACCCCCGCCAGGCACACAGCGCAAGCUCGACGUUCCUGACAAGCCUGCCUCGAGUGGGUUCCUAGCAAGCCCGGCCCAUGACGAGAACCGUAAAUCGUUGAUCGAAACUCAGCAAGCCCAGAUGCGUCAAGCCGAGGGGCAAGCCUUCGCGAAAGCUGCGCGCAACUCGAGUGUCGCCUACGAUGCCAAUUGGGAGGAUAAAGCUGCUCCGGCUGUUGCGCCGCCUGCGACGAUUACCGAGUCCCCCCAAAGUUCCGCACCGAAAAAAUCCUUUGAAUACAGCCCGGCGACAUCGCUUACAUCGCUGGCAUCCAGUACAUAUCCACCGUCGUUGCCCUCCCCCCAUCCCACCGGGGCGCAGCCGAGCCUUCCCCCGCCAAACGAGGACUACAGGCCUUUGGCGGCGAGAAUGGCCUCCGUCAGACUCAACGACACGAUGGGCGGCGAAAGUGCAGAGGCCCUAGACAUCUUUGUGCACCGAACGUCCCACCUCCACGAGCUUUUUCGCCUUCAUGCAGAAACCAUUGUACCUCUGCAAAACAGCCAGUUGAGAGACCUGGGUCGCGCUGGGCUUUGGUGGUUCUUGAAAGGUCGCUUGGGGCUUGAGCAAGCCAUCAGAGAACACCAACCCAAUGCGGCACUGACGGCAAAAGCGCAGAUGCAAAAUGAACUGGACAAACAGCAGGCCUAUGCCAAUUUGGCCAAAUCCUAUUGGCUGUGCCAACACGCCAUCCCCGAGAUCUCGCAAAGUCGCCGCCUUCCUCCUGAUCCCGAAAUCUUGGCCGCCACAGAGCAACUCAUGUCAUCGUUGAAAAAAUUGGCCAUGUCUAUGAAGAGAAACAGCUUAUUGCCUCCCGAGGAGCCGUUUCUGCCGGCAACGAUUGACAAAGCUAUCUGGGUUGAAUACCCAGCUAUGAGCCAAGACAUGGUUGCGCUGCUAUCCGGUGACUGGCGCUCGGGCAUUUCUGCUAUCCAAAAGCCAACAGCAAAUUUACAGAUCCUGAAUGCGCUGCCGCUCAGCGAUAUGGCAGACAUGUUCAGCUACGGCCGAGUCGCUGCCGAUUGUUUUUUGAUGGAACAAGGAAGAGACACACAGCGAUUCUACUUUUCUUGCUUUCUGUCUAUCAUGCGACCGCAAACCGAGACGGGCCUCAUCUUUAUUGUUGCUAGCCAGAACGGCGUGAUACAACUGGCUGUGCAGGACAAAAAGGGAGCAGGCCCAGUGUGGGAAGAUGUGCGCUGGCGCAACGACACCUGUACGCUGGACCUGCGUCUGCCGCGUGGUUUUGUGCUUGCAGUUCAGCUAUCGCAGACAGACUAUCGUAUGCUGUGGAAUAUGUAUGACUUCGGAGCCCGGGUUCGAUCGACGUUGAAACCUCGACCGGACGAAACAGUUGUCUUUAAAAAUACGCUACCCUCGUUCCAGUACAUUGACUCUGACCCUCAGUCGCGUGUGUUCCCCAAGGAACCUAUGGCACAAUGCGAAGUGGCGCUUUUUGAGCGAGUGCAUAAAGAAAACGGCCCCGUCGGUCCGAGAAUUUGGCACGCGGGGUUCCGCAUCGCGGCCGUAACGGGCCCACGAACGAAAACAUUGAGCGGAGUGCAACACAACUAUCCUACCCUGCUACCGGUGCAGUUUGGCUUCUUUCGCGAUGGGGACGCGCCGGCAUUGUCGCUCAAAUUCGAAGCAAGUCGACAAAAGGGACGCAUGGUGCUCACGUUUAGCGAUGAGAAGGAACGAGUGCGAUUCCAUUCGCUCAUUACGGGUACAGCGUUGGAAGCAGACGAACGGAUUCUUGCCAAUGUAUCACUACGCAGCCUGAAAGUAUCAGAGACGAUGGGCGACAUGACUGGCAUUCUGCCGUUCGAGCGUAUGCCUUGGAAGGCGGCGCAGGUUAUCAAUGACGAAUUUGGACCAAAUGGCGAGCAGCCAGCGUCUGUGCUAUCAGACAAGCUCAAAGUGGUGCUGGAAUAUCAGAACGGGAUGGUAACUGACCGAAUCAACGUGGGCUCUGGCGAGAUGCGGCUGCGGCUAGAUGUGUCGAAUAAUUUGGUGUUUCGGAUGCUUCGGCAGCCACAGCAGGAUAUGACAGCGUCAAUAUCGGAGGCGCAAGUUCCAAAAGAUCUGGCGGCGGAGAUGAGCCGGGGACUGCAGACGAUACGACAGAAACCGACAAUACGGACACUCGAGUUCAACAACCUGCGGGACCUACACGAAUUUCAAUUCGCGGUAACAGGGUACGAGGUGGUUUUUGACGCGAUGGCGACGACGUUUGCGAUUACUCGGCGCAGAAUGGUUGUGCCUAUCCAUAAGAAGUGGGAGGCUGGCCUGACUCGAAUCCAGGUAGUGCGGCAAGAAGACAAGCAGGUGCAGCUGCUGGCGUUCUUUGAAAAUUGGCAGCAUGGGCACUGUAUGAAUUUUGUCCUCAAGGGUACGGAUGUGUACGAGUCGUUUCAGCGGAGCGGCAAGGCAGGGAUCAAGUUUGUGGAUGCGAAAUUUCCGCUGCCGCGGUUGCCCGAGGACAAGGAUGAGGAAAUUGACGACGACAUGGCAUUCGUUUGCCUAGAUCUUCCGGACCUGCCGGGAGAGCACGACGAUGUUUCGAUUGUGUUUGAGAAGGAACUGGGUGAGUGA